CUAAGAAAAAUAGUUAGCUAAGCUUCUCGUCACAGAUGGUGGCAAUAGCGAGUUGCGAGAUAUUAUAGUGCGAAAUAGUAAUAACGGUAACAGUAUUCAUGAAAUUGCUCACAUAAUUCGUAACAACGUGUCCAGUUAUUCAACCUUUAACACGUAGUGGUACAUUUCCCCCCGAGUUUUGGUGUAUUAAAUGGAGGAGAAGAAAGAAGACGGAGACUCGGAGAUACAGGAACACGGACCCGAGCACUGGUUCUCAAAAUGGGAGCGGCAGUGUUUGGCCGAAGCGGAGCAGAGGGAGCCGAGCGAGGAGCAGGCCGAUAACGACCAGGAGAAACUGUGGCAUCUGUUUCAGAACUCUGCCACUGCUGUGGCACAGUUAUACAAAGACAGAGUAUGCCAUCAGCAGGGCCUGUCAUUGUGGGUGCCAUUUCAGAAUGCUGCUACAGCAGUUACCAACCUCUACAAAGAGAGUGUGGAGGCCCAUCAGAGAAGCUUUGACCGGGGCAUCCAGAUAGGCCACCAACGCCGUAAUAAGGAUAUGUUGGCUUGGGUGAAAAAGCGCAGGAGAACCAUACGUAGGGAGGAUCUUAUCAGCUUUCUAUGUGGGAAAGCGCCACCUCACAGGACUGGCAGGGCCAGCACCCGGCUGACCAUGGUGGCCCCCAGCCGAGCUAAUUCACCAGCUGAGACUGGCUCAUCUGUGGAAGCAGACCUCCAGCCCUUCAGGGAGGCCAUAGCACUGCAUGGUCUGAGUGGAGCCAUGGCGAGUAUCAGUGUGCGCUCCGGUGCGCCGGGGUCCCCCACCCACGUGAGUGGAAGCAGUAGUAACGGAGGCGGCACUGGUGGUGGUGGAUCCUCCGGCUCAGGGCCGGUGUGCCGCAGCAGACGUAAUGGGCUCCAAGACGUCGACCUGAACACUUUCAUCUCAGAGGAGAUGGCACUGCAUCUGGACUCUACAGGCUCCGCCUCUGCCGGAGGAGGAGGAACCAGGAAACGAAACUCCACCCAGUGUAGUGACGUCAUCACAGACUCCCCUACUCACAAACGCAACAGGAUGAUCUGAUGUGCUGCCUGCUUAUGUGUGUGAGGGGGUUGGGGGAGGGGGGAGCCUUCAAAGCCAAGGCUAGGAGAGGGGGAUGGAUGGGCUUAUGUGGACAGAUGUGCAGAUGGACAGACUGACGUUCGGAUCCCUGGCUGUGCAAAAGAAUCUGGGCUAAAGAUGGGGACUGGAGGUUCUCAGAUCAGUCUAUUCAAAUGUUGGAUGAAUCUAUUCUUUGUCUCCUUUCCUUACACUAGUACUACACUAGUACUUCAAAUCACUGAUCUGCAAUCAAAACACUGUGCAGGUGUGUGUUUGGUCGAUCGGGAGGUCUGGAACGACACCCACACACCCCACAGACGUCGCUGCCCUGGAAAGGAGACGACAGAGGAAGACACCGACUCAUUCUGGGACGCAGACAGUUUUCAGCGGGGUGAAAAAUGCACUGUGCUGCUUUAAAAAGAAAAAAAGUAAAAGCCACUUGAUCCUUGACACAUUUGUGCCCUUCUUCCCUCCCUUAACCUCACUCAUCCUCACCCACCACCUUAAUAAGGAAGUGAGGGCCAUGAUCAAAAAUCGUCUCACUCAGUGAACGGAGUUGCUUGCCAAAACUGUUGGACCCAACUCCUGUCAGACACUCACCUCUGCGUCAAACAAAACCCCCCACCUGUUCUUUUCUGUUACUUCAUCAUUGCAGCUCUCAGUCGGCGUUGCCUGUCAGUGGUGGAGCUAAAUCGCCCAGUAGGAGUAAAUCCGUGGCAUCGUCCUGCCUCAACGUGUCGCUUGUAACCAGUCCCCUUUCUCUGGCUACUAGAUUGACGGCAUGUAACUACCAAUAGCAGGCUAUUGAUGUUGGACAUUUAGACUUUAUUCUCUGCUAACUCUUCUGCUUCAACAGUGGCUCGAUUUCAUUUUAGUUCAGCCCGUUGUCCGGUUUUUGUUUUUUAGUUCAACCACCAGUGUUAAAAUUCUAGGUUUGUUUGCCACUGUUUGCAGCAGUGAUAGCCAAAUUAAUUUCGUGUUCUUUCUCCACCUUUUUAUUUUGUUGUUGUUGUUGUUGUUGUUUGUAUUUGUUAAGGAUAAUGGAAAGGAAUUUUUUUUUUCUUUGUGUAUACAGCUUCUCAGACAGCCUGUUUGCUGCCUGUGACGCCCCCCCCCCCCCCCCCCCCCCCCGCCCUAGUCUUAUUACAAAAGCAGCUGCUGUUUAUGUGAUUGUGUGAUUAUUCUGAUGAGUUGCAAUAAGGAUUUUUUGCACUUAGCUUUCACCUCUAACUCAUGCAAAACAAAUCGGCUCUUCCAUUGUAAUCCCAGCUGUAGCCUUGUCCAGCGCUAAACAGGCCUGCUUUUGGCCCGAUCACACAUCACUCACCGGUUGGUGCUUAGAAAAAAAAAGUCAGUACUUGGUAUGACUAGAAACAGAGCUCAUGCACACACGCACACACAUACACCCCUCUAAUUUCAACAGCCCCCUCAAAAAUGUUUGAUCACACUGUGGGGUGUUUCUGCACGUGAGCUUUAUUUGUAUUCAUCCAGCUGUAUUCAGAUAAUCCUCCCCUGUAUGACUGACCAUUUAACUUAUUAGAAGAUAAUUGGUGCUUUUUAAAAAAAAAAAGAAAUGAAAAAAAAAAAACAGAAAUGUUCCCAACCAACAUGUCAGCCAGCGCACACAAGUCACUGGGGAUAAUUUUGCCGGAGAGUGUCUGAUUGGGUGUUAAGACAGGGCCUGUUUUUUAAAACAUUUUAUUUUAUUUUUUUCUAAAAGGGGUGUGUGCAUUAAAAAAAAGGAGACGUGGAUGGGUUUGCUUUUACUUGGUACAGGAUAAUGCAACUUGUUUCGUUCUUGAAAUGGUUGUUGCCUUCCAUCCUUCUGCGAGGGAGCAAGAGGGAGAAACACUGAUGUCACACGAGUCAGAAAUCUUGGGUCUAUUGAGUAAAGUAAUGUGAACUGGUAUCGUACUGAUGUUUGGCUUAUUUUAGGGUAUUAACAAAAGAGCUUGUGGGCUCAACAGACUAAUUUGUUACAUGCAAUAUGCUUCGGUUUAGCAUAGGAAGUUAACAAAGUGUAAGAGGUUAAAGAUCUUUUAGUUGUCUAAUUGGUAAAUGCAUUCUUAAUAUUUCCAUUGAUGCCCAGCUGUAGUGGUGCUAAAGUAAAUUGUCAGCGAGGCGUAAAAACCCUCGAGUUACUCUCUGUGUUGCCCUCAGUAGCUGACUUGUGGAGAUGUCGAUGUUUCCUUCCCUUUUCCCUCAUUUUUGUUGACUUGUUCACUCCCUCUCACCUUUCUAUGACCUGGAACACAGGUUUUCUUUAGUUGUAUAAAGCAUGCCAGUUUUUAACUUCUGUUACAUUUUGUUCACAGAUUUAAUUUCUUGCGUUUAUAGGUUGGCUUUUUUUCUUUUUUAUUCCUACACAAUUGCUGGCUAGUCAGUAAAAGAGAUGAACUAUGUCAAAAUGAAGAGUUCUGCAUUUAGGAGUAACAAGUGAAACCACUGAUUGAUUGAUAAAUGUUAAUCUUCAUUUUAGGAAAAAUUUGAGAUUUGAUUUGCCUACAGAGAGCCUCUGACUGACGGAGGGUCAACAAGUAAUCACUGGUGAGGCUUUUUGGGUUUAAAAAUGUACAUUUUGCAAAAAAAAAAAAAAAAGUGAAAAUUCUGGGUAGCCUCAGCUAUCACAGGUCUAGUGAAUAAUGUAUCAUAGGAAGGAUCCAUUUAUUUCAAAUAGGAACAUAGGCCCUAAAAGUCUCGUAAUCUCUGGGACUCGACCCCAUGAGAAUACGGUGCAGAGGACCUACAGAGGAUUGGAGAUGGAGUGAAUCUUGAAGGCUCUCACACUCUUCAUUAAGUCACAGGAAUACAUUUUAAAUAUUCUCUUUUAUUUACUUCCUCCAGACACUUUACUCACCAUUUUGUGUGUGAACACUCCACAUUGGCAUCGGUAGCACUCUCGACUGAAACCAAAUGACGCAUUUAUCUACAGACGAGUGGUUCCAGUCUCCCUGAGUUUCUGUUGCGUGACAACAUGUCAGUUAAAGGGGAGAUGAUGUGAAGUGUCUGCUGACAGGAAGAAUAAACUAAAACAUCUAACAUGGAUAGUUUUCCUUAAAAGCUCGACUGAAGAGUUUUCUAUGUGCCGUCUUUGCAGUCCCGCUGUUGCAGAGAGCUGCAGCAUUGACCCCCGCUGAUUAGCCUGGUUAAACUCGAGGGUCACUUUGUGUUUUUCUUUUCUCCCCCUGAGCCAGUCACCGGCCUUCAUCCAGUGUUUGAAAAAGGCUGACUCAUGCCACGUGUCUCUGGAGCCAACACUAUUAUCAGCUGUUUCUUGAUACUUACUUGUUUAAAAAGUAAUAAAUGGCUAAUCUAUAUACUUAACAUUUAAUUGUUGGUAUGAUAUAUGUGGUUCACAUUGUAAAAGAAAUAAAACCAUUGAGUUGCAAUUGGAUGGACUGUUUCAUUAAAAAUGGAAAAUGUCAA